AUGGAGGACAAGAAAGUCGCCGCCGUCGAACAGUUCGACAAGGUUGCAAGUAAUGGCAGUGUCUUGACGGCACCGCCCGAAACGAAUGAGUUCACACACCUCAAGCUUCGACAAUCUCUCUGGAAAUGGCGUCGCAUUGUCUUCUAUUGCAUGGGUAUGACCUCUGCCAUCCUCAUGUACGGAUAUGACUAUGUUAUCGUUGGCACAGUCUCCGCCAUGCCCAGUUUUCAAAAGGACUUUGGCUACCAGCUCGACGGUGAAUGGAUCCUUCCUUCUCUAUGGCUCGGCCUCUGGAACUUUGCCUCACCGGGCUGCUCCAUGAUCGGCGCUCUCGCUGGCGGCCUCUUUCAAGACCGCUAUGGUCGCCGCGGGUCCCUUGCCGUCGGCUCCUUCCUGUCGGCCAUCGGCGUCGCUGUCUGCUUCGUCUCGUACCUAUCGGGGAAUAUAGACACCCGACGCGGCCUCUUCCUCGCCGGCAAGGGAUUCCAGGGCGGCGCCAUCGGCAUGGUCAUGGCCACGACGCAGACGUACAUGUCGGAGGUGCUGCCGCCGAACCUGCGCGGCCCACUGCUCGCCUUCUUCCCCAUCUUCACGCUCCUCGGCCAGCUCGUCGGCGCUGGCGUCAUCUACGCGUGUCUCGACCUAAGCAACGGCUACACCAUUUGCUUCGCGACCCAGUGGCCCUUUUCCGCCCUGCCCAUGAUCAUCGCCUUCUUCAUCCCCGAGAGCCCGACUUACCUCAUCCGCAAGGGUCAACACGACAAGGCCCUCAAGGCGCAGACGCGACUCGACGAGCCCGGCGCCGACACGCCCGCCGUGCUGGCCGUCAUUCAAAAGAAUAUUGAGCACGAGAGGGAACAGGCGCAGGCGACGUACACUGACUCGUUCCGGAAGCCAAAUCUCCGACGCACUCUGAUCGUCAUGUUUGCAAACUUGUUGCCGCAGCUCUUUGGCCUGACGCUGCUGUCCAAGUCGAGCUACUUCCUCCAGAUUGUCGGUAUGGAUGACGACAAAAGUGUCAUUCUGCUGAUGCUCGGCAUCGUCUGUGGCCUGAUCACCAACAUCGUCAGUAUCUGGGUGCUCUCACGGGUAGGUAGGAGGAAGCUUCUGCUCAUCUCGUUGAGCGUUGCCUCUGUGCUAUGGGCGGGUAUGGGUAUCUGCGGCAUCUGGUCUGGCGAAGUCGUCGUUGCAUAUACUGCAGCGUCCAUGAUUGCUGUGGUGAUCACCACGAGUUUGGGUGCCUGGCCCUGCUCCCACGUCGUCAGCGCCGAGACGUCGGCUUUGCAUCUACGAGCCAAGGCCCAGGGCAUCGGCUGGUUUACGUCGGGAGCUGGUAACUCUAUCUUCGGCUUUGUGCUGCCGUACAUCUUCAACCCCGAUCAGGGCAACCUUCGGGCGAAGACAGGCUUCGUGUUUGCUGGCUUGUGUCUUCUCGCCGCUGGAGUUACAUUCUUUGAGGUUCCAGAAAUGAAAGGUCGCACCCCGGGUGAAAUAGACCGCAUGUUUGAGCUCGGGCUGUCUGCCAGACAGUUCAGGGCAUGGCAUAACCCAAGCGCAAGCUUGGACGACGGCGAGGGCGAGAAGCAAGAUGGGGUCCGGGAUCCAGCAACACCUGUUUAA